AUUAGCAGCUACGCCAACUAAUUAUAGUGCUGCUGAACUGACACCGGUCGGCUUCCGUAGACUGUGUGUUGCUCCAGCUGUUAGCACGUCCCAUAACCACGUGGGUCAUAAAGCUAAUACAGUACGUGCAGAAUACAGAAGUUUAUGUCAGGGCCGAACUAGGGUCGCCUCUUCUUCUUCUUCUUCACAGUAGGAGCUCGGUGACCUGCGUUUUGCUCCGAUACUGUUGGUCUGGACUCAGCAGGAAUUAGCAGAUGAGGGUUAAAGAACCAUCAGGGUGGGGAGCUCAAGAGAAGACAAAACGACUAAAGAGAACUAAUCACCCUUUAGAAGAAGAUUCCUCAGAUGAUAUUGUUGCACAACACCCAGCAAGGGAGCCAUAAGCAAGAAAGCAUUCCUCCUGCUUCCUCUUCACUGCUUUUCCAAAAAUUGGCUGUCGUGGCUGGAACUAGGGGUCUAACUUGUCAUCAUGUGAGUCAAGCAGUAGAUGUGAACCAUGUUAAAAGAGCAGUCUCCCAGGCUGUGUGGUCAGUAUGCACAGAGUGUAUGAAAGAGAGAAGGGCAAAAGAUGGUGAAUUAGUUGUUCCUGUAGAAGUCUGGCUCUGCCUUAAAUGUGGCCACCAGGGCUGUGGAGCCAAUUCUGAAUGCCAGCAUUCUCUGAGACACUUUAAAGCUCUCCACACAGAGCCUCACUGCAUUGCAAUCAAUCUCAGCACAUGGGUAACUUGGUGCUACGAAUGUGAUGAAGAGCUGUUAACCCACUGCAACAAAAAGGUGCUGGCACAGAUGGUUGAUUUUCUCCAAAAGCAUUCAUCUCGUUCUGCAAAAGGUUGCUCAUCUAAAGUUAUACUAUUACACGGACAAAGGAACAAAGCUUGUGAAACACAAAAAGGAGACUCUGCGUCCAGCUGCACUUCUGUGCCAGUCAAGGGAAUUAACAAUUUGGGCAACACUUGCUUCUUUAAUGCGGUCAUGCAGAAUUUAGCCCAAACGCACAUGUUAAAUGACACUUUGAAUGAAAUGAAGGAAAACGCUACAAAGCUUAAGAUCAGUGGUAAUGAAGAGGUUCACUUGGAUCCGUUGGUGAUCAGUCUCUCCAGUCCUGGGUCUUUGACAUCUGCAGUGCUCUUAUUCCUACACAAUAUGAAGGAGGCUGGGAAAGAACCUCUCUCUCCUAAAGUGCUCUUCAGCCAGCUGUGCCAGAAAGCCCCUCGUUUUAAAGCAUUCGAGCAGCAGGACAGCCAGGAACUUCUUCACUAUUUGCUGGACGCGAUGCGUAUAGAAGAAACAAAGCGAAUGCAGUCUGGCAUAUUAAAAGCAUUCAACAACCCGACGUCUAAAACUGCAGAUGAGGAAACAAAGAAAAAAGUGAAAGCCUAUGGCAAAGAAGUAGUGAAGAUGAACUUUAUUGACAGAAUAUUUGUUGGUGAAUUGACAAGCACCAUAAUGUGUGAGGAAUGCGAACAUAUUUCUGCAGUAAGAGAAGCAUUCAUUGAUCUUUCAUUGCCAAUUAUAGAAGAAAGGGUGCCAAAACCAGCAAUUUCUGGAAGGUUAAACAAAGGUAAAAGUGCCCAAGAAGACAAUAGCCCGCAGUGUACAUACAUUAACAAUCAACAUAUGAGAAUUCACAAGAGGCAUACAUUAACAAAAAAUCAGUUGAAUCAAGGCAAGACAAAAUCUGAUUCGGACCAUGAAAAUCGAAACCUUAGUAUGCAAGAAAAUGGUGAUGUUCAAACUGCUGGUACAAGAACAAACAAUAUGGAUGCACAGGAGUCCACACCAGUUAACCGGAAUAUCAACAUUGUUAGUCAGUCAGAUGGUAGUGAACAAGAUGAUAGCAGCCAGCUGGAAAGCAGUGGUGAUGCAGACAGUGAGGCCUCGGAGUACGAGAAUUCAGAAACCCAGGCAGACAAAAGAAUAGUUGUAGACUCUGGACUACACUACAGUCACAAUAAGAAUAUUGCUUUGGACAGCUGCCAACAUCACACUGCAGAAGGCUUUGGUCAUGAUGCUGUUACUGAUCCAUUAUCAAAGCUAAGCAUUAAUAGUUUGGAUGAGAACCCUGACUCCUUUAGCCAAGAGCAAUCACUUGGUUUCAUACGAGAAAGUUGUGAGUUAUCCCAGAACCCACAAACAGCUUUCCAAACACUUUCACAUGGCUACAUAACAAGACCCAAGGAAUGCUCUGUCCAGUCCUGCCUCUACCAGUUUACAUCUGUUGAACUUUUAAUGGGCAACAACAAACUUUUGUGUGAGAACUGUACCCAAAAACAAAUGAAGUGCCAAACGAGAACAAAGUCUACAGAUGAGAAGCAGGGAAGUGUUUAUACCAAUGCUAGGAAACAGCUUUUGAUUUCUGCAGCACCAGCUAAUCUCAUUCUUCACUUGAAAAGGUUCUAUCAGAAUGGCUUAACGCUUCGGAAAAUGAACAGACAUGUAGAUUUCCCUUUGGUUUUAGAUUUGGCACCCUUCUGUUCAGCUUCUUGUAAGAAUAUAGUAGAAGACAAAUGUGUCCUAUACAGUCUGUAUGGGAUAGUGGAACACAGCGGUUCCAUGAGAGGUGGCCACUAUACAGCAUAUGUGAAGAUCAGGAUGCCUUUCAACAAAGUCAAUGAGAAAAUUACUGGAAAUAAGAAUUCUAUUGGGCACAGGGAUGUCGCAGCAUCAUCGAGUCAGUGGGUGUAUGUCAGUGACACACAUGUGCAGAUGGUAUCAGAGUCUCGAGUUCUCUCUUCCCAAGCAUACCUUUUGUUUUAUGAAAAACUGCACUGAUUCAGGUUUCUCAGGCACAUUUCUUAAAGGACAUGUAAAACCUACAUUUU